AUGCCAUUGACACCUCCCGAACUAAAACAGUUUGAACAAGAUGGUUAUCUAGCUAUUGUUAAUUAUCUAGACAAAAAAACGGUGGCUGAUCUAAACAAUGAAAUCAAGGAAAUGCUCACGUCUGCUAACAUGGGUAAUCAUCCGAUGAUUAAAUUCACUACCGGUAAUGAUAAAGAUGGACAUAUAAGUGAUAAAUACUUUUUCGAUUCUGCUGAUAAAAUCCACUAUUUUUUUGAGCCCGAUGCAAUAGUUGAACAAAAUGGUGAACACAAACUUUUAUACCCAAUUGAGAAGUCAAUCAAUAAAAUCGGACAUGGUUUGCAUUUCUUGAAUCCCAAAUUCAACAAAGUAACCGUUAACGAUGACAUUGCCUCUAUUUGUAGGCAGCUAGGCUUCAGAGAUGCAAAAGCUAUUCAAAGUAUGUGUGUGAUCAAACAGCCACACAUUGGCGCAGAAGUCCCUCCACAUAACGAUGCAGAAUUCUUAUACACCAAGCCAAAAACUUGUGUUGGAUUUUGGUUUGCACUCGAGGAUUGCACGUUAGAAAAUGGAUGCCUAGAGUUCAUUCCCGGUUCUCAGCAUUAUCCAUUACAGAAAAGAUUUGUCAAAGAUUUGAAGAAAGGCUCAGGUACAAAAUUUGCUAAAUUAGACAAUCCAGAUGAAGACUUUGUGGAAUCGAAGGAAUACAAGGAAUUCAAGGAGAAAAUCAGCGAUGAUUCUCUCUACAAAAAAGUUACCAUACCUGCUGGCACUCUGGUACUGAUUAAUGGUAAGGUUAUUCAUAAAUCUUCUAAAAAUAAAUCCGAUGACUCUCGAAAUGCUUAUACAUUUCAUGUUGUCGAUGGAACUGAAGAAUAUGACGCUUAUAAUUGGCUUCAAAUUCCUCCUGCAAAACCACAAGGUUCUCAAAACUUUACUAGAUUGUACAAAAAUUACGAAUAG